UCUCCGCCUCUGCCUCGGCCUGCGCCUGCCCAAAAGCGUUGCUGGUCAUCUGCCUCUGGCAUCUCGGUCUCGUUCCCGAGCGGCACCAAGCUCCCCGCUGCUGACCGGGCGCUGUCCCUGACGUUGGCCCGCUCGGUCGUGAGGAGAUCUGGGCGGACUUGGGCGGGGUCGACGGCGCGGCGAAGAAGGAGAGGCCUGCUGCAUUUUCUCUCUUUUUUUCAACGGAGCGCGCGCUUUUUCUUUCCGCUUCUGCCUCUCUCUUCCUCGAGCACUCCUCCCUCUUUGUCCCGAGCCCUCUCACUCACCCCAAGCGCCCCCCUCGCUUCUCUCGAGCCCUCUCACUCACCCUAAGCGCUUCCCUCCUCGUGGCUCCAGAAAUCGCCGACUGCCGACUGGCCUCUCGAGCUUCUUCGUCUUCUACUCCUUAUUCGGUCCCGAUUUCGGGCUCGAGUACAUAGCCAAGGAUUUUGAAGCAAAAGAGGUUUGCGAGGCUAGAUAUACCGGUGGCGGUGCUAAGUUUUGGGGUUUCGCCGCGACCAAUGAACUUCCAAGAUCACGGUCGAGCACCGGCACCGGCACAUCGAAGAAUUUAUUUCUGGGUUCCAGCUCUUUUCUAACGCUUCCUCCGGACAUGAAUUCGCCGACCGUUUUCAUCUCCGUCGUCAAAUUGGUCCUGCUGUCCAACGGUUCUCUCCGCGUGUCGUCCUCGACUUCGCCGCCCAAAGACCCGUUUCUUGGGAUAGCUCUUGAAGAUGUGAAAUAUUACAGUUCAUCGAACAGGAUCAAGUGUAAGGAUGGGUCGAAGAAAUUCACCAGAGCCCAGGUCAAUGACGAUUUCUGCGACUGCCCAAAUGGGACAGAUGAGCCAGGAACAUCAGCAUGCCCAAAUGGAAAAUUUUAUUGUCGGAAUGCAGGACAUGUUCCUGUCAUUAUAUUUUCUUCGAGAGUAAAUGAUGGCAUUUGUGUGACAGUGGACAAAUUUCAGGGAAGUGGAAAGAUAAUGAGGAGAAUCCUGAGGAAAAUUGCCUCGAGGCAAUUAGACAAGCUUGGAGACAACAGCACACUGGCAGAUCCAUCUGUUGUCAAUCAGCUGAUCUCACUUGCUGAUACCUGAAGUGCCAAGGUUUGAAACUUAUGAGGUCGUCAUCAGGAUUUUCAGCCUCAGGCUCUCAUCGUUGUUGGAUUUUUUGAGUUUGUAAGUAGCAAGAUGGUGCUUAUUCCGAGUCAGCCAUUUCUUUAGCACUUCUCUGAACCUGUUGACAUUUGAUCUUCGUCAUAAGAAUAAAUGAAAUAGAUUCUCUUCUGGUUAGCCGUGUAAAAAUUACUUGUCUGUCCACAAGAACACAAGCUUUAUCAAUUCUUGGUGUAUGUGUACUAAUUUUUUUCCCUAUGAAGUUUCUGGCGGAAAUAUGCUUUACUUAUUUAUUGCAAUUACCAUUAUUACUAGUGAUGUUAUUUUUUGAUAUUUGACAAUAGAUUUUUUAGUUUCAGCAUCAUGCAGCUGCUUAGAACUUUUUAAAAAAGAGAUUUUUAAAUCUUAUUUUUAGAGCAAGAUCUUUAUUUUCUUUGUGCCUUUAAAAUUCUCUACUACGUGUAACAUAUCUCUUAUUGUGCAUACAUUGAGAGGGGCUCAAACCAAUAUUGCUAUUCCUUUGCUUGAGGCUUGUCUUAGUAGGUUUAUGUAAGGUAUUAUCUAGGCUGCAGUUUGAAAAUUGAUUAUCCCCUGAGAUAUUUGGAGAAUCUGUCUCAAUUAUGUGACUUUUUCGAUUUAACCACAUUGCUGAUAGAUGUGGAUAUACUUAUCCUUCAAUUCUUCUAGUUCUUGCAGGCAAGGUGGAGGAUACAAGUAAAGUUCAGACGCUGCUCUUUAGCGCUACUUUACCAGACUGGGUGAAGGGUCUAUGUAACUCAAUCUGGCAAAAUUGUUUUGUUGUUUUGAAUUUGUAUCUUGGUUGUCAAUGUUUUCUUGUAGUUGUUCAAUAGAUUUGUAUAUGAUUCAAAAAAUCGUGCUGUUUGUGGUUAAAGGAAAAACAAUUGUGCUAUCAUUAGUUGCUGGAUUGGUGUUGUAUGUCCAUGCCAAGGCAUAUAUGCCUUGCCUUCUUUUUCGUUGCUUAAACAAAGCCCUUGUUGAU